CCGAGCCCGGCGGAGAGUCGGCGCCACUUCCGGCCUAGGCGUUGGAACACCUCAAGAAGUUGAAGGGUUUCCUUUUGGGAGAGACGUUCCCACAAGAGAAUCAGUGGAAUGACUCUGUCGCCUCAAGAUGGCAAAAAGUAAAGCUAAAGCACCACAAACCCCAUCAGACAAAUCUGUCUCAAAGGCUGAGAGCCAUAAAAAAAACCUUAAGAAGAAGAAGAAGAUACUGUUUUGGAAAAAGAAAAUGAAAGGAGUAGAGAAGAAAACGCAAAAGGAUCCCAAGAAAAUGGCAGAGUUGCCUCCGAAAACAGCUGAGGAGGUUUCCGCCAAUUGGAAGGCCUUGCAGGAGCUUCUCAAGCAGAAGGAUCCCCCUGUGCUUGACCAUUCCUCCAAGAAGAAGGAGGAGGAAGCCAUAAGAGCAAAGGGAGUGAUGCCGACCCCGAAGGAGAAGGAGGAAACGCAAAGAGGGGUCAAUGGCGCUUUUGUGAAACCGGGAGCAGCCAAAUCUGGAGGCAAGAAGGCAAAGAAGAGGCCUGCCUUGGGCCAAGAGGGUGGCAGGAAGAAAGGGGGACGACAGGCCCCGGAGGCACACAAAGGGCCGGAACCCGAGCCCCAGGCAGAAGACAUCUGGUUUGAUGACGUUGACCCAGACGACAUUGAGGCCGCCUUGGGGCCGGAAGUGGCCAGAGUGGCCCGGAAGAACCUGGGGAUCAAGGAAAAGGAGACGAGGCUGGAGAAGGAAGGAGCCUUCGAGGGCCUGACCAAAGUGGUGGCCCUGGACUGCGAGAUGGUGGGGACGGGCCCCGACGGGGAGGACAGCGUGGCUGCCCGCGUCUCCGUGGUCAACCGUUUCGGCCGCUGUGUCUAUGACAAGUUCAUCCGGCCAAACGAGAGAGUGACCGACUACCGGACCAAGGUCAGCGGCAUCCGGCCUAAGCACCUCAAGGCAGGUGAAGACUUCAAAGUGGUGCAGGCGGAAGUGGCCAGCAUCCUGAAGGGGCGGAUCCUGGUUGGCCACGCUGUGCACAACGACCUCAAGAUCCUGUUCCUUGACCAUCCGAAAAAGAAGACCCGGGACACCCAGAAGUACAAGCCCUUCCGGCAGCACGUCAAGAGCGGGAAGCCUUCCCUGAAGCUGCUGUGCGAGAAGCUGCUGAAUGUGAGAAUCCAGACCACGGAACACAGCUCGGUGCAAGACGCACAGGCAGCCAUGAGGCUGUACGUGACGGUGAAGCGGGAGUGGGAGGCCUCCCUCCAGGAAAAGAAGCAGCAGAAGCCGGCGCCCCCCAGAGGCAACAAGGACUGAGCCGGACUUUCCCCCCUUCCUCCCUCUUUGUGCCCUUUUCUGAAACACGACCCUUUCCUGCCCACUGACCGUCACAUUACUAUUUUGCAAAUACAGUUUCCCUGUUUACAGUA